UUGGUAUUUUUCCAUUACCCUUUAUUUUUUUCUUUUUUGUUUGAUCUGUUUAUAAUGUCUCCUAAAUGUCUUUUUGCAUCCGAUCAUGAGGAUGACGAUGAAAACGAGCUUGAAUACGAUGCCUCAUCUACUAUGAAAAAGUGUUCUUUUUCCUCCAAGAUUUCGAAACCCCAAUCACCCUCCCAUGGCGAUUCAGAACACAAGACGGACUCUGAAUCUGAAUCCUGCAACACUUAUGGGUCGCCUUCGGCUUCCGACUUCACCAUCAAGCCCAUUGUGUCCAAACCCACCUCCAUGGAAGAUUCUUCCAAGCCAAAGAUGAAGAACAAGGCCCAUCCAACGGCUGAACCGGAACACGAACAGAGUGUGAAGGAUUCAAAAAAGAGGAAGGUAUCCGAUGAUGUGGAUGCAAAAAAAGGAUCUGGGUUAAAUCGAUUGUGGAACCAGGACGACGAGAUUGCAAUCUUGAAUGGUAUGAUAGAGUACCGGUUCAAGAAAGGUUCGGAUCCAAAUGCCGAUUACAAUGCAUUUUAUGAAUUUGUUAAGAAUACUAUCCAGGCGAAUGUGUCAAAGAACCAGUUGAUGGAGAAGAUUAGGAGGUUGAAGAAGAAGUACAAGAUCAAUGCCCAAAAGACUCUGGAUGGAGACCAUGUAUUUCCUAAUCCCCAUGAGAAGAUAAUCUUCGACCUGGGCAAGAAGAUUUGGGAAACUAGUGUAUAUGAUAAUGAUGAUGGGAUUAAAUGUAACGGGACUCUGAGACAGAGUAAUGGCGGUGACAAGGAUGAAGCAGAAGAUGUGGUUGAGAAGAAGAAUGAUGAAAAUGGAGAGAUGGAGAAGAAUCAAACAGAAGAGUUUUGGUCUAAUCAUCCGAGUUUGAAUGAGUCUCUGAGAUUGAUGAAAUGUGUACCGGGUUCGGAGUGGAUUGUGAAUGCUACUAAGAGAAUAUUGCCUUUGAUUGAGAAAUCAAGGGUGAAGGAAUUGGAGGAUAGGUGGAGCAAGUUGCAUUUAGAGGAAAUUGCUUUGUACUUACAUAAGAUUGAAUUGAUUCAAGAACAAGGAAAUGUUGUAGAGAUGAUCCACCAUGAAAAAUUAGAAUCAGAGCCUCUGCUUUUCCUACAUGAGAAACCAAGAAAGUCCAUUUUUCGCUUCAUUUUUUUUAAGUCUAGCUAGGCAAAAGAAAUUAUUCAUCAACUUUUUCAGUUUUUAAGAUCUUUAAAAUUGACAUCCUGAUUUGAUUACAAUUGGGUUAAUGAAGGGUGUGGUUUUUCCUAGUCUUACUUUUGAAACAAAAGAAAUGACUAACUUUUAGAUGAAUAACUACGGUUUGCUGUGUUAGCUACAGACUGGGUGUGUGAAGUUGAGAUAGGUAGUUUACAUGCUUGGUAUAGGAAUUGAUUGCCAACCACCAAAGUUGUAGAACGCGUAAGGCAUGGCUAAACAUCGAGUUCAAGCUUUAAGCUUAAACGAGGUAAAGCUUUAAAGAGCUUAGGUUAAGAGUUUAGGU